UAGAGGACAGAGAACAAGCAAAGUGAGGAGAAAGGAAUCAACUUGUUCAGUCUUCCAUGUCCAUUCAUUUACUUGACAUCUUCACUCGUGCCGCUAGGGGCCACCCUCCUCCGCGCAGAAGCGCCGGCCAACGCAGCCUGACUCCGCUGCCGGUGCGCGCCCUCCGCUGAUUGGUGGCACCGCAGAGAAGUCGCGCUUUGAUUGGGCCACUGUCAGGUGUCGCUGCCGGCAGGUUCGGCUGCGCGAGCGCGGGGAGGCGGGAAUCGACAGUAACCUUCCAUGAGGAACUGCCUUUCCCAUGUGCGGCUGGAGUUAAUGGGUGUUUCCUGCUGGCAGAAUCAGGGACAUGACAGCACUGGCUUGGAUUCUGAGCUAAUGGGAUACUCUCCACUGCAGAGCGGGAUGAGUGGGUGCUCCGGCGGGGAUGUGGUCAUUUCGGACCAGUGAGAGCGAGAGUGCUACAGCCCACUUCUUCCUUGGAGCUGGAGAUGAGGGGCUGGGCACCCGUCAUCGAAUAGGCAUGAGGACAGAAGACAGUGACAGCGAGCUCCUUGAGGAUGAUGAGGAUGAAAUGCCUCCUGAACCUCAGAUCAUUGUUGGCAUCUGUGCUAUGACCAAGAAAUCCAAGUCCAAGCCAAUGACCCAAAUCCUAGAGAGACUCUGCAGAUUUGACUACCUGACUGUUAUUAUCCUGGGAGAAGAUGUGAUCCUCAAUGAACCUGUGGAAAACUGGCCAUCCUGCCACUGCCUCAUUUCUUUCCACUCCAAAGGCUUUCCUCUGGACAAAGCUGUUGCUUACUCCAAGCUUCGAAACCCCUUUCUUAUCAAUGACCUGGCUAUGCAGUAUUACAUCCAGGAUAGGAGGGAGGUGUACCGGAUCCUGCAGGAGGAGGGUAUUGAUCUGCCUCGAUAUGCUGUGCUCAACCGUGACCCUGCCCGGCCUGAGGAGUGCAAUCUAAUAGAAGGGGAAGACCAGGUAGAGGUAAACGGAGCUGUCUUCCCCAAGCCCUUUGUGGAGAAGCCCGUGAGUGCAGAGGACCACAAUGUUUACAUCUACUACCCCAGCUCCGCUGGAGGAGGAAGCCAGCGCCUCUUCCGUAAGAUUGGCAGCCGAAGCAGCGUUUAUUCUCCUGAGAGCAGCGUCCGAAAGACAGGGUCAUACAUCUAUGAGGAGUUUAUGCCAACAGAUGGCACAGAUGUCAAGGUAUAUACAGUGGGGCCAGAUUAUGCCCAUGCUGAAGCCAGAAAAUCUCCAGCUUUGGAUGGGAAGGUCGAACGAGACAGUGAAGGAAAAGAGAUUCGAUAUCCAGUCAUGCUGACUGCCAUGGAAAAACUGGUGGCCAGGAAAGUCUGUGUAGCGUUUAAGCAAACAGUGUGUGGUUUUGACCUUCUUCGUGCCAAUGGUCAUUCCUUUGUAUGUGAUGUCAAUGGCUUCAGUUUUGUCAAGAAUUCAAUGAAAUACUACGAUGACUGUGCCAAGAUUCUGGGGAACACCAUAAUGCGAGAACUUGCCCCACAGUUCCAGAUCCCAUGGUCCAUCCCCACAGAGGCCGAGGACAUUCCCAUUGUCCCUACCACAUCUGGCACUAUGAUGGAACUUCGUUGUGUCAUUGCAAUUAUUCGUCAUGGGGAUCGUACCCCCAAGCAGAAGAUGAAGAUGGAAGUGACACACCCAAGGUUUUUUAGUCUGUUUGAAAAGCAUGGUGGUUACAAGACAGGAAAAUUAAAACUAAAGCGGCCCGAACAGCUACAGGAGGUGCUGGACAUUGCAAGGCUGCUGUUGGCUGAACUGGAGAAAGAACCAGGUGGUGAGAUCGAGGAGAAGACUGGGAAACUAGAGCAGCUGAAGUCUGUGCUGGAGAUGUAUGGUCACUUCUCAGGCAUCAACCGGAAGGUGCAGUUGACUUACUAUCCUCAUGGAGUAAAAGCUUCUAAUGAGGGGCAAGCAGAUCCACAGCAGAAGGCUGUGGCUCCAUCUCUCUUGCUGGUACUGAAGUGGGGUGGAGAACUGACUCCCGCUGGCCGUGUUCAGGCUGAGGAGCUGGGGCGAGCUUUUCGCUGCAUGUACCCUGGAGGGCAGGGUGACUAUGCUGGCUUCCCUGGCUGUGGGCUACUUCGGCUUCAUAGCACUUUCCGCCAUGAUCUCAAGAUCUAUGCAUCUGAUGAGGGCCGCGUCCAGAUGACUGCUGCUGCCUUUGCCAAGGGCCUUUUGGCUCUAGAAGGGGAGCUGACACCCAUUUUGGUACAAAUGGUGAAGAGUGCCAACAUGAAUGGUCUCCUGGACAGUGAUGGUGAUUCCUUGAGCAGCUGCCAGCACCGAGUGAAGGCUCAACUUCACCAUAUUUUGCAACGGGAUGCACCCUUUGGCCCCGAGGAUUAUGAUCAGCUGGCUCCAACUGGAAGCACUUCCCUAUUCAACUCCAUGGCUGUCAUUCAGAAUCCUGUAAAGGUCUGUGAUCAGGUAUUUUCCCUGAUUGAAAACCUUACUCACCAGAUCCAGGAACGGAUGCAGGACCCCAAAUCUGUAGACGUGCAACUCUACCACAGUGAGACACUAGAGCUAAUGCUACAGCGUUGGAGCAAGCUGGAGCGUGACUUUCGACAGAAGAGUGGACGCUAUGAUAUCAGUAAGAUCCCUGACAUCUAUGACUGUGUCAAGUAUGAUGUGCAGCACAAUGCGAGUCUGGGACUUCAAGGCACAGCAGAGUUGCUACGUCUCUCUAAGGCAUUGGCUGAUGUGGUCAUUCCGCAGGAGUACGGGAUCAGUCGGGAGGAGAAACUGGAAAUUGCCGUGGGCUUCUGUCUUCCACUGUUGCGGAAGAUACUACUUGACCUGCAGAGAACCCACGAGGAUGAGUCUGUCAACAAGCUGCAUCCCCUGUAUUCCCGAGGAGUGCUCUCCCCAGGCCGCCACGUUCGAACACGUCUCUAUUUCACCAGUGAAAGCCAUGUCCACUCCCUACUCAACGUCUUCCGUUACGGGGGACUUCUUGAUGAAACCAAGGAUGCACAAUGGCAGCGAGCUUUGGCUUACCUCAGUGCCAUCUCGGAGCUCAACUACAUGACCCAGAUUGUCAUCAUGCUCUAUGAGGACAACACACAGGAUCCUUUAUCAGAGGAACGAUUCCACGUGGAGCUGCACUUCAGCCCUGGAGUGAAAGGUGUCGAGGAAGAAGGCAGUGCACCAACUGGCUAUGGAUUCCGUCCAGCCUCUUCCGAGAAUGAGGAGAUGAAAACCGACCAAGGCAGCAUGGAGAACCUGUGCCCAAGGAAGGCAUCAGAUGAGCCAGACCGUGCAUUGCAGACUUCACCCCAGCCCUCUGAGGGUCCUGGCCUCCCAAGGAGAUCACCCCUCAUUCGUAACCGAAAAGCUGGCUCCAUGGAGGUCAUGAACAUGCAGUGCACAGGGAACCUGGACCUGAUCCCCUUGCGGGGACGGCGCCGCAGGAGGUCAGGAGACCUCCCCCGGCCUUCCCCAGCCAUCGGCCUACAGCCCCGGGCUAUGUCCACCACUCACCUGGCAUCCUGCACACAGGUGCUUUCUGAGACUUCGUCUUCCAGGCCUGGUGGCUACCGGCUCUUUUUGUCUUCACGGCCACCUACGGAGAUGAAGCAGAGUGGCCUAGGCUCACAGUGCACAGGGCUAUUCAGCACCACAGUGCUGGGUGGCUCCUCCAGCGCCCCGAAUCUUCAGGACUACGCCCGCAGCCAUGGCAAAAAGCUACCACCUGCCAGUCUGAAGCAUCGAGAUGAGUUCUUGUUUGUCCCGGCCGUAAAACGAUUUUCUGUGUCGUUUGCAAAGCAUCCGACUAACGAGCUGCUGGAUGACCAGCACCCUGUGGUCCGGUUGCUGCGCCGUUUUUCCUCUGACUGCUCAGGGGGCCAGCCAGUCUCCUUGGAUGCCACGCUGGCGCAUCACCUGCACCAGUGCUCCUACCACCUGCGCCUCUUCCGGAACUGGCUGCGCUCAGGCCAGGAUGACCCCGAGUGCCUCUACGGAUUUGAAGGGUGCUCCAUGGUGCCUACCAUCUACCCCCUAGAAACGCUACAUAAUGCCCUUUCCCUGCAUCAAGUAAGUGAAUUCUUGAGUGGAGUCUGCCAGCGCCACACUGAUGCCCAAGCACAGGCAUCUGCAGCCCUCUUUGAGUCUAUGCACAGCAACCAGGCCUCAGAUGGCACGUUUUCCCCACCCCGUACUCUUCAUUCACCUACCAUGCAACUCCGGCAGCGCUCUGAGAAGCCCCCUUGGUACAGCAGUGGCCCUUCCAGCACUGUGUCCAGUGCUGGUCCUUCCUCCCCUACUGCAGUGGAUGGUAAUUGCCCAUUUGGCUUCAGUGAUCAACCCUCCCUGAGUUCACACAUGGCUGAAGAAUGUCAAGGCCUUGGGCUGCGCCAGAAGAUCCCUGGGAAUGGAGCACAAGAGCUCCUCAUAGAAAGGGAGCAAAAGUCUUUUGAACCAAACCAGUUCCCACAGGAACCACCUGUGGAAACCAGCCAGCCAUGCCAGGAAGUUGCUGAGGAGGUCAGCCAGCCCUGUCAGCAGGCCCCUGACAUUAGCCAGCCAUGUCAGGACAUCCUUGAAGAGGUCAGUCAGCCAUGCCAGGAGGUCUCUGACAAGAGCCAGCCAUGCAAGGACACCCAUGAUGAUGUUAACCGGACAUGCCAGGAGGUCACUCAGAUCAACCAACUGUGCGAGAAAGUCUCUGAGGAAGCUUACAAGCUUUUCCGGGAGAACCCUGAGGAGGUCAGCCUGCCAUGCCAAGGGGCCUCUGUGGAAGUUGGCAGGCUGGUCCACGGGUUUCCUGAAGGGUUCGGUAGCCUGGCCCAGGAAAUCCUUGUGGAAAUUGACAAGCCAGCCCAAGAGAUCCCUGAGGAGCUCAGCCAACCAUCCCAGGAGUUCUCUUUGGAGGUUGACAGACUGGCCCAAGAAGCUCCUGCAACCAUUCUGUUGUCUCAGGAUAUCCCUGAGGUUGAUACACCAUCCCAAGAGUUCCCUGGGGAGGGUGAUCUACAGGUCCAGGAGGGCCCUAAGGAGGUUAAUCAGCAGUCCCGUGUGGUCCCUGAAGUCAUUGACCAGCUGCCUGGAGAGGAUGUUCCCCCAAGCCCAGCUUCCAUCUAGUGAUCCAAACCCUCCCUCAGAGCCAGUCACUAGUCCAUGACCAAAACUUAUCCCUUCCACCAGCAACAUGUGAUUAGUCAUUUUCUCAUUGAUGGUGUUAUAAUGUACCAGCCAUUUGAGCUAGCAACUCUUUCUGUUGGCUAACUCACCUGCCAGCGUAAGGCCUUGGAUCUUACCAGAGGUGUCUGAGGAAGCAGUCCUCUUGACAUGAGGCGUACCUGUGCUGGAGCUGGGCUUGGUGAGGGGCCCAUUUCGUGUUCAAAGCAGCCAUUGACUCCUCACCAAGCCAUUAGACUUGAAUAGGAUUUCCUUUAAGGGGUGGGCUGGUCUGUUAUUACCCAGCCUCCUCUGAGCACCCCAGGAAAUUCCAGAUUGUUAAAGGAAAUGCCUCUUAACUGCUGAAGACACCAUCCCGGGACAACAAGUGCAAAUGGGUUUCCAAGGUCUUCACUUUUCUGAGGAAAUAUUCACAAUGUCUCAAAAUCCUUUAGACCAUAUGUGCAUUCAGGGGGACUCUUGUCUUGGCUAGCACUCCUCAGGUGGGUCCAGGAUGGCUGUCUGAAAUGUCUGGGAAAAAGAGUCCCCUUAGUAAACAAACAUCCAUCAUGGCCACUAAUCUUUAGAUUGGGCUUAUGGGUAUUUCCAUAUCAUCCCCAAGUGCCCUCUCUGUUCCUGUCCUGUGGAGAGGGCAAUCUCAAUGGAAAAAUAGGUAUUAGAUAGCUGUGAAAAUUUCAGAGUAACUACUUAAAAUGCUUUUGGGGUUCUUGACCAAUCUGUGAAACAAGGCCUCUUUGUUGUGGGGCUUUUUGGCUUAGAAGAUGCUGUAGUAGAGAAAAUCAGGUUCUAUUUUUAAGCAAUCAGCAGAGAUAAAUAUUGUACAGACAUGUGUAAAGAUUUUAUAUAUAUAU